GAGGCAAAGGCUGAAACAAUCGAGAAAACCAUGGCAUCCGGUCCGUCUUGGAUGCAACGAGAUCAACUGCAAGGCGAGGGACUUACGGCAACGGAUGGAGGCAUUGGCGCUGAUGGCACGAACGAACCAAACGCAAGCUACGGCGCAAUCAAGGCAGAGAUGACGGACACCAACGCGGUGCGGUUCGGAUUUCGGGUGGCAUCCCUGGCGCUGGGGUUGAUGAUGAUCAUCGCCGCCUUUACGGAGCUGUGGAACCUGUCGUCUUUCACGACAUUCUUCAUCGCUCUGUACAAUCUCCUCUUCGCCGGUGUGCUGAUUCUUCACGAGAGCCAGGGGUUAAUUAUGUGCGACGGGGUGGACUACACCAUGCGAAGAUAUUUCGGGCUGGUCUACGGCCACAUGGGCAGGGCUCUUUUCAUCAUCUUCAUUGCCUUUCUCAACUUUGCCCUGACUGACGCCGGGUGGUUCGCAACAUUUACGGGUCUUCUGUUGUUGUUGCAUGGAGGGGCGAUGAUUGUGGUGUUCACCAAGUACCCCCAUCUGCUGGACGAAGCACCUGGACUGGGCGAUCUCAAGACCACGGCACCGCCCAGACAAGACGAAUAUGCGCCUCCUCCGACGAUGCCGUCAACAAGCCUAUAAAUAAGCCUGUGACCGAGGUGAUGUGUAGCUGCACGGAACAUCGGCAAGGAGGGGGAUGCGACGCACUGCGAUGGCACGGCCGCCGGCGCCGGCGCGAUGCCUGCCAACAAAGGCACAGGCACGGACGGGGUUAGGGAACGGGAGCACCCACAAACCCUCGACACCGAACUGUACAGCACGGCAGGAUCGACACAAACAAGCCGACGGAGUGACAUGGCUCAUGUCGGUAUGCCCCAGUUGUGAUUGACGCUGCAACGGGGCCACCGAUAGCGUGGAUGUCUCGCACGAAUCGUGCCCAACGAACCUGGGAUGCCCAUGACACAGUCGGAGCAGGUCGGGGUGGCUGUACGUUUGAUGAUGGUUUUGGUUCAGCGGUGUAGCGAGGUUGGCGAGGGAUGUUUCAGGGGUGAGCUCUGUGGCUUCGCAGGCUGCUUGCAGACGGAAUGGCUGGCUCGGUGCAAUGCAGGAUUUUUGGGUCUUGUAGGCUCGUGGUGUAUCUACGUGUUUCUAUAUAAAUAGAGAAUAGGGAGCCCAAACCUGCCGAUAGGGCGAGUCGUACGCAGCAGUGUGUAUGCACGGCCGUGCCAUGUUUCAUGCACGUACAAUAUCUUGCCGUUGUUUUGCCUUUGGCAGUGCAACUGCCAGAAUGUGUCGCCGCUGCUUGGUUGUUGGGAAUACCUAGUAAGGAAGCACGGUGUUUUUCCAAGGCAGUCAUUUGUCCAGAAUUUUUUUAAGACGUGAUGUCUGAAUACUACAUAUGUAGCAGAAAUAUUUCAUACCGUUCAUCAGAGAACGUUGCCUCCUCGUGUGUCUUGAUCUGGCUCGUUGGGUAGUUAGCAAUCUGGGUGUAUACCUUUCCCCCUUGAUGGGAUUGUUGUGUUGUCGUCGCAUCUACAAAGGUACCCCUGUGACCUGUGCAGU